AUGGAACAGGCGCCUACUAAUCCGCCUGUUAGUGAAGGGCAGAAUGUUCAUACUGCUAGACAAAUUGUGGAAUUCCAAAGAGCCGUCGAUGUUUGGUCUAGCAACAAAUAUAGUUGUCGAAGCUAUAUUCUGAAUGGACUAGACGAUUCCUUGUAUGAUAUAUACUCCACUUUGAAUACCACAAGGGAGAUAUGGGAAUCGUUAGAGACCAAAUACAAAACGCAAGUGGCGUGCUCUAAGAAAUUCGUUGUGGGAAAGUUUCUUAACUUCAAGUUGAACGAUUCUCGUUCGAUUGUCAAGCAAGUAGAGGAGAUUCAAAUCUUGGCUCAUGAACUCGAGGUUGAAGGUAUGGGUUCAAACUCUAACUUUCUGGUUAGUGCUAUCAUUGAGAAAUUGCCUCCCACUUGGAAGGAUUUCAAGUUGUAUCUUAAGCAUCUAACGGAAGAGAUGACUUUUGAUCAACUUGUAUUGAAACUCCGAGUUGAGGAAGACAAUAGAAAAACCGAGAAGGAUUGUGGAACCUCUUUGGAGCCCAACGCCAAUAUGGUGGCGGGUAACUCAUCCAAAGAAAAUUUCAACAAUGAACGUUUUUUUGAAAAUGAAAGGUAUGUGGAAAGGGUGGACAUCGAGCAAAAGAUUGUAGGUUCAAAAGGAAUCAAGAGAACGGAGGAGGAAGCGGAGGUGCUGGCCCUUCCAAUCAAGCUCACAUCACUGAUUCAGAAAACUGGUUCGUUGGCGUGA